GGAUUAAAUAGAAGAACUCUGAAGUCUGAGGGAUAAUAAGAAAUUAAGAAUGCAUUCGUUCGGGCAUCGUUUCAACACUCUCAUCAUGUUCUCUGGUUUCUUACUGGUUCUGCUAUGGUCUCUGGCUUCUGUCACUGAUAUCUUCAACGUCCCCUCCGUGCAUGGCCGUGCCGAGGUCCUGAAAAUAAAUCGGUUUCGGAAGCAGCUGAAUGGAAAUGAUGAGGUCACCUUGACCUUGAACAUGUCCAUGGAUUUAUGUUCAACUUUCACAUGGAACACCAAGCAGGUCUUUGUAUUUUUAGCAGCUGAGUAUGAAACUCCAAAGAAUUCUUUGAAUCAGAUCUCACUUUGGGACCAUAUAAUCCUCAACAAAGACCAGGCAAAGUUUGAGACUCGGAUCGUUUGCAAAUACCCCUUAAUUGAUCAGGGAAGUAAUCUUCGUGGUAAGAAGAUCAAACUUGUUCUCCACUGGUAUGUUAUGCCCAAGACAGGUAGAACCAUAGCAGACAUGAUGGUAAUGUCUGAUAUCUGUGUACCUCAGACAUACACAUAGAUCAUCUAUUUCAUCAUGUCAUGUCAGCCAUCU